CAUUACCCGUAGCAGGCGUGCCACUACCUAACUCCUAAGCAGUUGCCACUCCCGAGCUACAGAAAGGUGUUAUAUCGAUCACUUCAGAAGACUUUGAAUUUGUUGAAAAGCAAUUGUCAUGGCCUCUGAAAGAUACAGCUUCUCUCUGACAACUUUCAGUCCAUCGGGCAAGCUCGUCCAAAUUGAGUAUGCCCUGGCUGCUGUAGCAGGUGGUGCACCAAGUGUUGGCAUCAAAGCUGCCAAUGGAGUGGUACUAGCCACUGAGAAUAAACACAAAUCAAUUCUCUACGAUGAACACAGUCUCAAUAAAGUUGAGAUGAUCACCAAACACAUUGGAAUGAUCUACAGUGGCAUGGGACCCGACUAUCGUCUGUUAGUUAAACAAGCUAGGAAAAUGGCACAGCAGUACUUGUUGGUUUACAACGAGCCCAUUCCCACUGCCCAACUCGUCCAAAGGGUCGCCAUGCUCAUGCAAGAGUACACUCAAUCGGGGGGUGUCAGGCCCUUCGGCGUUUCCCUUCUGAUCUGCGGAUGGGACAAUGGGAAGCCUUAUCUCUUCCAGUGUGAUCCCUCAGGCGCCUAUUUCGCCUGGAGAGCAACUGCCAUGGGUAAGAAUUUUAUUAAUGGCAAAACUUUCCUGGAGAAACGUUACAGUGAGGAUCUCGAGCUCGAUGAUGCUGUCCACACUGCCAUUCUGACACUCAAGGAGGGUUUCGAGGGCCAGAUGACAGCUGAUAACAUUGAAAUUGGAAUCGGCGAUGCCAAUGGAUUUAGACGAUUAGAUCCAUCCCACGUCAAGGAUUAUCUUGCCAAUAUUCCCUAAUUUAUACACUUGUCACUUUCGUUUAUUUUUCACCUUUCAUAAGGGUUUUUCAAGAGUUCAUAGGAGUGGUAAUAAAAAUAAAUAAAAUUUGGCUUUUCGGCA